GGCUGCUUGCCUACCGCCCCCACCAUUCAAAGUCAACUCCCAUCCAAACCAACGUCCAAACACCUUCCUCCUCCUCCUCCUCCUCAUGUGCUCCCAAAAUUCACUACCACCUCUCCAAUGGCCAACCUCUUCCUCCUCCUCCUCUUUGCUCUUUUCCUUCCCCUCUCCAUCUCCGGUCCUAUUGCCAUAGAAUUCCUCUACCCAAACUUCACCGGCUCCUACUUCAACUACAUCGACAACUCUGGCGGCAUCUUUCUCACUUCACCCCACAACACUUUCCAAGCUGCCAUCUGCAACCCGGACAAUCAACAAACCAAUUUCUAUUUAUGCGUCAUACAUGCACUAAGCGGCACAAUCAUCUGGUCUGCCAACCGCAACUUUCCCAUCCCCAACUCCGGCGUCGUCAAACUAACUUCUUCCGGUCUCACUGUUUCCCUCCCAGACGGUACCAUCGUCUGGUCCACUCCAUCUUUUUCCUCCCCAGUCAGUUCUUUACAUAUUCUCGACUCCGGCAAUCUUCUUUUGCUUAACCCAAAAAAUACUUCCCUUUGGCAAUCUUUCGAACAACCCACUGAUACUCUUGUUCCCGGCCAAAGCCUUCUUGCAGGUUCUGCACUUGUUAGCUCUAUAUCCACCUCCAAUCUUUCCGCUGGUGAUUUCCGGCUUCUCCUUACUUCAGAUGAUGCUGUGCUCCAAUGGAUUGAUUCUCAACAAUACUGGAGUCUCUCCACUGAUCAACGAGCGAACAUAAACGCUAAUGGGCAAGUCUCCUCCAUGUCUAUCAACUCCUCCGGGCUCUACCUUUUCUCAACCCGCAAUGAUUUUGAAGCAGUUAUGCAACUGAGUUUCUCUGGCAGCAGUGAUUUUUUGAUUGCUAGAAUUAGCUCCGAUGGCCGGUUUCAUGUCUCUACCUAUUCCUCUGCCACCAAGGGUUCCGUCGACUUGUUUGUUGCGCCAAUCAAUGGUUGUGAUCUUCCUUUGUCAUGCAAGUCGCUCGGUAUUUGCUCCGGUGGUAACUCGGUGUCCACGUUAACUUGCACUUGCCCGAAUCUUUUAAGCAAGACGUCAGGAUCUGAUGAUUGUUUACCGGUCGAUGGCCGUGUGUUAGCUUCACCUUCGGUUUGCAGCAAUAGCAGUAUGCUUUCCACCAUGUCUUAUAUGAGCUUGGGGCGUGGAACAGACUACUUCAAUAGUAAAUUUACAAAUCCAACAAGGACAGGUGUGAACAUAGCUUCUUGCGAGAGUCUCUGCAAUGUGAACUGCUCUUGUCUCGGAUUCAUUUACAAGAAUUCAACACAAGAUUGUUUCAUUUUGGAGCAUAAACUUGGCUCUUUGACUAGCUCUAGUACUGAUGAUGCCAUUGGAUAUAUCAAAAUAUUUGGUUCUAGUUCAUCUGCUCCACAGGCUAACAAAGAUUCGUCGAAUCUUAUUGCUAUCUUGCUGCCCACAAUUGCUGCAGGUCUCCUUAUUGUUGUGCUGCUAGUAGUUGUUUUUCAGUGGUGGCGGAGGAGGAGAACAAGUGGAAUUAGAAGGAAAUGGAAAACAAAAUCAAUGGCAAUGAAAGAGAUACAUAAACCAUGGCCAGUUGAGGUGCAAGACUCCGAUGAUGAUGAGUUCCCAAGCGAUGAGGAGAUUCCUAUCCCUGGAUUACCUACAAAGUUCAGCUACAAUCAGCUCCAGACGGCCACUGCCAACUUCCAGACAAAGAUUGGUUCUGGUGGAUUUGGAGAAGUUUACAAAGGUGUGUUGGAAGACAAAACUCUAGUGGCAGUGAAGCGAGUUAGAGCUAUAGGGAGAAAGAAAGAGUUCUUCACUGAGAUAGCGGUGAUUGGGAGUGUGCACCACAUCAACCUAGUCCGUCUCAAGGGGUUUUGUGCACAAGGUUCGCGGAGAAUGUUGGUUUAUGAGUACAUGAACCGAGGAUCAUUAGAAAAAUCAUUGUUUAGGCCGGGUGGGCCGGUCCUCGAGUGGCAAGAGCGUGUGGAUAUAGCUAUUGGUGCGGCGCGUGGGUUAGCUUAUCUUCACUCAGGCUGUGAGCAUAAAAUAAUUCACUGUGAUGUGAAACCCGAGAACAUAUUAUUGCAUGACCGAGGACAAGUUAAGAUUUCUGACUUUGGUCUUGCGAAGAUGAUGACACCGGAGCAGAGUGGGCUGUUUACAACAAUGAGGGGGACAAGAGGGUACUUGGCGCCAGAAUGGCUUACGAAUUCGGCAAUAUCGGAUAGGACGGAUGUAUAUAGCUAUGGUAUGGUAUUGUUGGAAAUUGUACGUGGUCGGCAAAAUAGGUUGGUGUUGAGAAGUGAGGAGAGUGGAGGAUCUACAAGUUCAGGGUCGAGUAGCGGGGUUGGAGAGUCGGAGUAUUUUCCGUUGGUGGCAUUGGACAUGCAUGAGCAGCGAAGAUAUGCGGAACUUGCAGACCCAAGGUUGGAAAGGAGGGUGACUGGAGAAGAAGUGGAAAGGAUAGUUAAAAUUGCUCUUUGUUGUCUCCACGAGGAUCCGGGAUUUAGACCAUCGAUGACGGCCGUUGUCGGGAUGCUAGAGGGGACGAUGCCAGUUCCAUGGCCCCGUGUCGAUUUGCUUAAUUUCUUGAGAUUUUAUGGGCGUGGUGGCAACAUGGUUGGGCACAGUGGAUUCGGCAAUGUUGGAGUUUGGCCGCGCAGAAUUAGCAACACUACUAAUACCACAAGCACCAGUGAGUCUCCUACUUACUCGUUUUUGUCUUCGCAGCAAAUUUCCGGGCCUAGAUAAACAUAGUUUUUCAGGUAAUGCUAUUCUUGUUGCAGUACAAGUUAAUGUAUUGAGUGAAUGGGAAUGAUUUGGAUGGAUUUGUUUGCGAUUACUGUUGUUUAUUGUUGGUUUCUUCGUGUCUGUAAUUAAAGAGAUUGAGAAGCAAUGUUCAAAUGAUGUGAAAAGGAUGCCUUCGUACUUUUGUAAUUGGAAACAUGGACCAUGGUUUGAUUGUG